UCCACGGAGGUUCGGGCAGGGAAGCAAAUAUAUUUUGUAUUAUUUCAGGUGUGCCUGGAAUUAAAUUUUUUUUUAUUAUUCAUGGCAAAUAAUCAUCGAAAGAGUCCUAUGUUGAUUAAGUGAGGAUUGUGCUUACGAGCAAUAAUUAACGCCCCUCGGUUUGAAUGGUCAACGGGAGCUUUCAGCUGGCGGAAGCGGGGAGCCUUUUAGUGAAGGAACCGUGGGACGUGGAGGCGGAUUGUGUUCACCAGCCGUAUACUCACUUCAUAUAGUGGUGAAAACUCGAUAUUGAAAUACGUUGACUUCAUCAGUAAUGCAUGAUGUCAACAACAGGUCAAAAAAGACCAUUUUCUGAAGAAGAAGAAGAAGAAGAAGACUCAUUUCUGGAUUUAGCUUCUGAUCCUGAUUCCGAGGAAGAAUGGGUGCCAAAAACUACAGUUGCAAAAAAGACCAAAAAAAGUAUUGCAGGAAAAACAGUGACUGCAAGAAAGAAAAUAAAGUCCAAACAAGAAAGUGCUGCAACCAAAAAGGCUACAGUGAAAAGAUCUACGAGCAAAACAGCCGUUAAAACAUCCAGAAAGAAAACAAAAGUGAAGCCUGAUGUGGACCAGAAUAUUUUGGAAACAUUUCCAGUUGUGAACAAUAAUGAAGAUAUAUUGCCUUCACAAAGUAAACAAGACUUAGGAAACUUAAAACAAAAGGGAGAUGCUCAACAAACUUCAGUGCAGAAAGAAAUUGAGCACUGCCAUGUUAAAGUUGAGCAGCCGUCUACAAGCAUGCAUUUGAAUGAAAUUAAGGAAGAAGAUAUAAGCUUUACAUGGGAUGAGCCUGCUCUAAAGAAGCAGAAGACUGAGAAGAACCCUGAAGGGAAACCUGUAAAAUUCGAACGAGGAAAUGUAGAGAUCGGGGAGCUGCAAAUGAACUGGAAUAUAAUCCAGGUUCUGUCUGAACGGACCAAUACAGAGGCUUGGGCUUGUGCAAACCUUAUUCAACUCUUCAAAGAAGAAAACACCAUUCCAUUUAUUGCUCGUUAUCGAAAGGAACUUACUAAUAACAUGGAUGCUGAUACUCUAAGAGAAGUUCAACAAACGUUUGAAGAACUGACGCUUGUCAUUAAGAAAGCUCACUCAGCAAUACAGAAAAUAGCAAAACAAGAUAAACUGACACCUUCCAUAAAAACGACAUUGUUGAACUGCAGGACAGUUGAAGAAAUUGAACAUGUGUUUGCACCUUAUAAAAGUGGAAGCACAAAGACUAAAGCUCAGAAGGCCCGUCAACUUGGCCUAGAACCUGCAGCAAAUCUAUUGAUUGACUGUCCGGGAAGAUUUAACCUAAAUAACUAUAUAAAGUCAAAUGUAGAAGGUCUUUCAAGUGUGACAGAAAUAGCGACAGGAAUACAACACAUUUUAGCAGAUAUGAUGUCUAAAGACAGGGAUACAUUGGACCAUAUCCGGAGACUGUGUGAACCAAAUACUGUUUUUAUUCAGUCAACUUUGACAAAAGCAACUGCAAAAGAGAAAGAUGGAAACAAAAAAGAUACUGAGAAGUUCCGCCUGUAUCACAACUUCAGCAGUAGUAUUGGAAAUAUACAUCAUCACCAGAUUCUGGCCAUUAACCGAGGGGAAAAAUUGAAGAUUCUGACAGUGAAGGUCAAUGUUCCUGACAGAGUCAAAAUUAGGUUCUGUGGAUGGUGCAUCAAUGAAAGAUGGAGACCUCGUGGUUUUGCAAAGCCUGAAUUGAUGAAGCUCUUGAAGGAUUCUACUGAAGAUUCAUAUAAGCGACUAAUUUAUCCACUUCUAUGCAGAGAGUUCCGGUCCCUUUUAACUUCAAAUGCUGAGAAGGAAUCAAUUGCAAUGUUUGGGAGAAACCUUCGGCAGCUCCUUUUGAUUAAUCCUGUUCGUGGCCGGGUUCUGAUGGGAAUUGAUCCUGGCUUUAGGCACGGCUGUAAGCUAUCAAUCAUUUCAGCCACCAGCCAGAUCCUUCAUACUGAUGUAUUAUACAUAUUUGGUCAAGGAGCACAGAAUGCAGCAGAAAAGUUAAAACAUCUACUUCAUAAAUACAGUUGUUCAACCAUAGUUAUUGGAAAUGGAACUGCCUGCAGGGAAACAGAGUCUUUCUUUGCUGACUUAAUUAACCGGAAGUAUUUUGCUCCUCUAGAUGUUGUCUAUUGUAUUACCAAUGAAGCUGGUGCCUCCAUAUAUAGUGUUAGCCCAGAGGCUGCUAAAGAGAUGCCCAAUCUGGAUCCUAAUCUCAGAAGUGCAGUAUCCAUAGCAAGACGUGUUCAGGAUCCAUUGGCUGAGUUGGUAAAAAUUGAGCCAAAGCACAUAGGAGUUGGAAUGUAUCAGCAUGAUGUGUCCCAAAUUUUGCUUAAAGCUACCUUGGACAGUGUGGUCGAAGAAUGCGUCAGUUUUGUGGGAGUGGAUAUCAACAUCACCUCAGAAACCCUUAUGAGGCGUGUUGCAGGACUCAAUGCCAGUAAAGCAAAAAGUAUAAUUGAGUGGCGAGAGAAGAAUGGACCAUUCAUCAAUCGAGAACAGCUGAAAGAUGUCAAAGGCUUGGGCCCAAAAACCUUUCAACAAUGUGCUGGUUUCAUCCGAAUUAAUCCAGAAAACAUAAAGAACUUCACCAACAGCAAUCAGCAGCAGUUUGAUGGCACUGGUGAACGUCAAGCUGUAACAGUUGGUAAAUCUAUCAGAAAGAAGGGGAAAACAGAGUGCACCUCUGCACAGCCAAAUCCAUUAGAUCAGACGUGUAUCCACCCUGAAUCAUAUAACACAGCCAUGAGCUUCUUGUCCUUCAUUGGUGGAAACUUAUCUGACAUUGGAAGCCAUGCUAUGCAGAACAGUGUGAACACAGCAUUGAAAAGCAAUUCAAUAGAUGCUUUAGCUCAACAACUUGAUACAACAGUGCCAACACUCCAGAUGAUUAUUGAUGGAUUGAAACAGCCUCGUGACUAUGACAUCAGAGCAGGAUUUGAUCAACAUGAUUUUAAAAGAAACAUUGUCUCCAUUGAUGACUUGAAAAACGGAACUGUUCUGACUGGAAGAGUGGAAAAUGCUACUCUUUUUGGGGUCUUUGUGGACAUUGGAGUUGGUAGAUCUGGUCUGAUCCCUAUUCGCUACAUUACGGCAGCUAAGUUACCUGCGUCUAAAAGACGUCGAAGCCUAGGCCUUGGCCCCGGGGAAAGGGUGGAAGUUAAAGUAAUGGAGGUUGACCGUGAACGAAACCGUAUUUCAUUGGAUCUCAUACGUGUUUUGUAAAAAACAGGACAACUUCUUAGAUGUGUCUUUUUUUCUCUCUCAACUUACAUGGCAGCAUCUGAAAUUCAAAAUUGUUCCCUGUUGAUGUGGGAUGUAUUGCAUAUUUUAUACUGUAUUUCAAGUUAUAUCAUCACCUCACUGAUUGUGUUUAAUUUUCUUAUACUUUACAGCAUUUCAGAAGCAGAAUGUACCCUUUGCAUUUGGCAGCUGAAGAGGAAUUAGUCAUAGUAAAGGGUCAGACUGCACAUGUAAUUCACUGCCCAUUUGCCAGUUGGAAUUUAAAGCUGCAGCAUCCACUGAAUUAUCUUGGGAUUGACCAAUUAAUAAGUUCCAUGCUUGGUUCUGAGGAAUUCCAAAUUGAUAGCAGUACACUCUUAAGAAGUGCAUUUAAUCUUCUGCAUGGGAAUUUUAUUGCCAAACUUAGAAUUUAUUUUUUAAAGAAGUUCAAACUUAACAAAGUCAUAUCUAUGAACCUAACUUUGUAAUUGAUGAUUCUUCAAAGGGAUUCUGUUGUCUAAUAUUUUUUCUGGAAUUUGGUACAUUACAAAAUCACUCAAAAUAAAUCAUCCAGAUCUUUAUUGCUUUAUUGAUACUCGGCAAAAACAAACCUUUUAGAUGCACCCAAGUGGUUGCCGCUGCUCUAAGCUGGAUCAAGAAUCUGUCAAUUCAGAAUUGGCUUGCCUAUAGAAGGCAGAGGGUGGUUGUGAAUGCAGCAUAUUCUUCCUGGAGUAAUCCACAGGGAUCUAUUACGGGACCCCUGCUCUUUGUGAUUUUUAUAAAUGAGUUGGAUGAGGAAGGGUGGGUUAGUUAGUUUGCAGAUGAUACAAAGGUUGGUGGAGUUCUAGUUAGUGCAGAAGAUAGUUGUAGGUUACAAGGGGACAUUGACAGGAUGCAGAGAUGGGCUGAGAAAUGGCAGAUGAAAUUCAACCCAGUAUGAAGUAGUUUCCUUUGGCAGGUCAAAUUUGAAGGCAGAAUACAAGGUUAAUGGCAGGGUUUUUAGCAGUGUAAAGGAACAGAGAACCCUUGGGGUGUGCAUCCAUUGAUCCAUCAGAGUUGCCAUGCAAAUGAUGGGGUGAUUAAUGAUGUUUGAUGUGUUGCUCUUCAUUAAUCAGAGGAUAGAGUUCAAGAACAGUGAGGUAAUGCUCCAGCUCUGUAAAACCCUGGUCAGACCACACUUAUAAAUUUGUGUUCAGUUCUGGUUGGCUCAUUAUAGGAAGGAUGUAGAGGGGAUUUACUUGGGUGCUGUUUGGUUUAGAGAGCAUGUCUUAUUAAGAUAAGUUGAGCAGACUAGGGCUUUUCUCUUUGGAGCAAAGAAAGGUAAUAGGCGAUUUGGUAGAGGAAUACAAGAUGAUAAGUGGGACAUAUUUCAAAUGGAUAGCUAGAAAUUUUUUCCCCAGAGCAGAACUGGUAAAUACAAGGAGCAUAAUUUUAAGGUGAUUGAAGGAAAGUAUAUUGGGAAUGUGAAAGGUAUAUUUUUUCACACAGAGUGUGAUCAGAGUGUGAAAGUGCCUUACUAGGGAUGGCGUAGAGACAGACACAUUAGGGGCUUCUACAAACUCUUAGAUAGGCAUAUGGAUGACGGAAAAAUUGAGCGGUAUGUAAGAUGGAAGGAGCAGUUUUAGAGUAGGUUAAAAGGUCAUCAUUGGCUGAAGUUCCUGUACUGUGCCAUGGUGUUCUAUGUUCUAAAUGCAAACUGAACUGGUUCAAGAAACAGUAUUCUCCUGAAUAUCUUGGAUUGGUUUAUUAAGCACAUCACAAUUAUUUUGACAUAACCAAAAUCAGCUCCAAUGAGCGGUGAAAAUAGUUCCAAAAAUGAAUGACUCCAGGUGUAAUGUUUGCUUAUUCACAGGCUUUUCAGAUUCAAGAUGUUUCCCAGUUUAUUGACAACUGUGUGCAAGUUUUUGUAGCUCUAGCAGUUUUUUUUCUUUCUUCACACUCAAUGGAUGAGAUAUGUCAUUGGUAGAUGCUCAAUGCUUUACAGAUUCAUGGAGGCAUUCUUUAAAAAUUAGUUUAUUUCAGGAAACAAACUUGCCCAGCUAUGAUUUGAAUCACAUUUUACAUUUCUUUGCAUCAUACCAAUUUAGAGUAAGAGCUUUUUAUCUUGUUAAACACCUCUGAUUGUAAGAUUAUGAUUUAUUUCAGCACCUGAGCAUCACCUACAUCACAUUCACUUAUAGAUUGAAUGCAUAACAAAGAUUUAUUGAAAAUUUAGUUAAAAUUGUGUCCAUAAUUUUCAUUAUGUGCCCUAUUUCUCAUGGGAAGUAGUUACAAGGAAGUUUAUCUUCUUUGUUUGCUGUACUGAAAAAGAAAUAUAACUUUAGUACUUCAAGUCAGCAUUCUGAUCAUUUUGUAAGGUAAACACUCUUCAAUACAGUAACUGCCAAAAUAGUUUUUAGAAUCUAAAUUUUUGAUUUAUAUGAAAUCUUUAAGAUUUGAUUUAUUUGAAAUCUAAUUUCAUUUAGAUCUUAGCUAUUCUAAAAUCAAUGAAUAACACACCUUAUAAUAAAACAAGUUUAUCCACAAGGUAGUACCUGGAGUAAAACAUUGCUGCAGAAUUUAACUGUUAAGGAUGAAUACUUUUAAAAACAGAUGGACUCCAAACAAUAAUUUUGUUUAUUUGUUUGUGGGGGAAAGUAAAAAUACUUCUGGAUCGCCAUUGUAGAAUUAAUAGAUCGGUGAUUCUUUCCAGCAAUUUUGUCGGCUUUCAUACUGUUAAAAUACAUAUGAAACAGGCAUAUAGGAAUGUAGACCUUUAUUGAAAGAGGAUCUGAGUGCAAGAAUAAAAAUCCUUUAUGACAAUUAUAUAGGAUUGUGACGAGAGAACAACUGAAGCAUUAUUAACAAUUUUGGUCUCCUUAUUUGAAAGAAGCAUGUAUUUGCUGUAAGAUGGAGAUUCAUUACGUGUGAAUGUAGUGGCAAGAAAAGAUUCACUAAAAUAGUUCCUAUGAUGUUGUGUUUGUCCCUUAAGGAGAGGUUGAGUAGAUUAUGAAUAGAAGAAACAACACUUUUAUUGACACAAAAUUCCUCAUUGGUUCAACAUGGUAAAUACAAGGAAGAGAUUAUAGACAAGGAAUCGAGAACUAGGGAUUGUAAUAAAUACAAAGGAAUAUAUUCUUUUAUAACGUUGUGAACUUAUAAAUUCUUUGGAGGUUUGUGAAAUCUCAGCCAUUGAUUGCAUUCAAAAUCAAGAUUAAUAUAGAUUUUGGAUAUUAAAUACGGAACGGGGCAAGAAAUAGUGUUGAAGUAGAAGACUUGUCACAAUCUCGUUGAGUAGCAGAGCAGGUUGAGGGGGCAAAUAGACAAUUCCUGACCCUAUUUUUUAUGUUUGUGUGUUCUUAUUUUUGUCAUGAUUGAUUUCUCGGGUCAUUUGUUGUUCCCAGUGCCUUGUCUUGAAAUGUUUUAUCAUUUACAUGCAAAAGCAAUGCCUCUCUGUGCCACUGUUUCCUACAGAAGUAAAUCUACCUAAUUACUGCUGAGCAAGGAUCAAGUGUGGGAGCUUGUGUUCGCUCACCAAUAACUACUAAUGAGACCUGAAGCCAGGCAAUAAAACAAAGCCGGGACACAAAAUGAACU